CUGCGUAAUAUUGUAAUUCUCAUUGUUUUUGUCUUUCAAGACAUGGCCAAUCCCAAGCACCGGCUGGAGAGAAGAAUGUUAGCCACAUUGGGGGAGGCCAGGAAGGUAGCUCACAGGAAUUGUUGACUAGAAAUGAUGCCAAAACAUAUUUGAUCCAAGUCAAGGAAGCAUUUCAAGAUGGAAAGGAGAAAUAUGACAUGUUCAUUGAGGUCAUGAAAGACUUCAGAGCUCAAAAAAUUGACACAGCUGGUGUCGUUGCCAGAGUGAAGGAAUUGUUUAAGGGGCAUAACAACUUACUUUAUGGAUUCAACACUUUCUUGCCAAAAGAAUAUGAGAUAACCCUCGAUGACCAUGAUAAACCGCUGGAAAAGUCAGUUGAACUUAAAGAAGCUAUCAGUUUUGUGCUCAAGAUAAAGGAACGUUUCCAAAACAAUAAACAUGUUUAUCAAUCAUUCCUAGACAUAUUGAAAAUGUACCGGACGGGGCAGAAGGACAUAAAUGAGGUCUACAAUGAGGUUGUGGCUCUCUUCAAGGAUCAUCAAGAGCUAAUUGAUGAAUUCAAAAGAUAUUUGCCACAGAAAUUUCCAUAUGGGCAGAAUUCAACUCAGGCUCAGCCUAACAAUGAGCAAAACUUUGUCUCACUGCAAGUCGAAAAGGAUAUUAUUAUUGCCCGUCUUGUUGACCUGCAUCUUAGAGUUGAUAGCCCUGACGUCGCUGGUUUGGAUGAUGAUAAAACUAUGAUGGACAUGUAGAUGGAAGCAGGAGCAGACAGCAGGGUAAGUAAGUUUGGUCCAUCUUGAAUUAUGGACAUAGUUAGGCCGUGGGAUUGGAUUGGAGUUCAUGGGUACAGAACUGCCCUUCUUGAGUGGGCGUUACGGUUGAACCCAAACUUACUUAUGGGUACUAUUACUAUAGAGACUCUAUGGAAACUGGGCUUGGAUUUUUUCUUAUGUUAUGUGGUCCCAAAGAGGGCUUGUGCUUUUGGGUUCUAUGGAAACUGGGCUUGGAUCUUUUCUUUUGUCUAGUGCUCAAUUCCGCAUAAGCGU